CUUUUUUCUUCUACUUCUUUAUCAUGAUCAUGAUGCGUACAACUAAGUUUAUUUGGGCUACAAGUGUUGUGGCGCUAACUUUAAUAAUGCUCUUGGUCGUUUAUACAUCAACACAAACAUUUAGCAUUCAAUUACGGUUUAAUAUAACACCUCUUGUAUCAUCAACAAAUCAAGUAAAAGAAAUUAAUAGAAAUGAUAUUAUGGAAGAAGAAAAGUUUAUUACAUUUUUACCUCAUUCGGGACUUCACAAUCAACGUAUUGAACUUAUUAAUUCUAUAGUUUUGGCAAAGGCAUUAAACCGUACACUUAUCUUACCUCAUAUCAAUAUUGGAAAAGCAAUCCCUUGGAGACCGACUCCUCUUUCUGAAUUACGUUUAAGUGAAUGUACAAAUUCAAGUAAACGACUUAUAAACUCAAUUUGUCGAGACUUUAACAAAUAUACACCUGUUUCAGUAGAAGCUAUCUUUGAUCUAUCAGCAGCUUAUUCUGCAGGUGUUCGUAUUAUUCAACGUGAUAGUAUGUCUCAAUCUUAUUUUCGAGAUACAUGGUCUAUUCCUAAUGAAGAUAUUUAUCGCGUCAAGGAUGUAACUCGAUACUCUUAUCGUAUCUAUGAUUCAAAAAAUAAUCAAAAUGAUCUUCGAAAUUUUGACCAUCGCAUAGAUCUUGAAGAUCUUCAUCAUAGAAAUGAAAAGUUGAUUCUAUUUGGAUCUUUACAUUAUACAAUGCGUUUAGCACUUGAAGAGGGUUCUUAUUUAAAAUGGUUGACUGAGAACUUGCGUAAAGAAAUUAGUAUUUCUCAUCCUAUCGUGAUUCGACAAGCACUUCGUAUUGUUUCUAUUUUAGGUGGUCCUGAUGCCUUUGUCGGUGUCCAUUUACGUCAAGGAGAUGGUUAUUUUAAGGCACUUAUGGAUGACACUUUAAAUACAUUACGAUCCACUCUGGAGCAAAUUAAUCUAACUCCAGAUCAAAUCUUACAAAAUCCAGUAACAGUCACCACUCCAACCCCUCAAACCCUUACAGCUGAAGAUGAAGAAAAAUUAGCCAUAUUAAAGUCCCUUCAUGAAGUAAAAUCAGCCAAUAAGAUGAACUUACUAAGCCAAUGUGUGGCAUGGCACAAGGCUGAUAAUCAUCCUAGAUUACGGCUUAUCUAUAUGGCCACGGAUACUCCACAACCUCGUACGAAAUUAAAGGCAUUGUAUAAUGAAUUUCCCUGUAUAUUUACUCUAUCUGAUUUUCCUGAUAUUGUUGAGAGUACUUUAGCAAUGCCUCCUUUAUUAACUGGUAACCAAAAAUUAGACGAUGAAAUGAUGAAAUAUGGCACACAAAUCUCUUCUUUAUUAUUUCCUUUAAUUGAUGCGGAGGUUGCUUCUCAUGGAUCUAGUUUUAUUGGCACCAGAAGAAGUACUUUCUCUCAAUAUAUUAAUUACAGAUAUAUACGUUUUAAGGCUAUCUAUAAUAACCGCAUCAUAUAAUCAUUAUUAUUUGUAUUCUAUUCUAUUCUAUUCUACUCUACUCUACUCUACUCUACUUUGUAUAAUAUGUAAAUUACUAUUACACUUAACAUUAUUAUUGUUAUAUAUAUAUAAAUGUAUAUAUAUAUAAAUAUAUACCGC